AAGUAAAAAGCUUUUGUUAGGGUUUCAACUUUCAAGCCUUGGUUGCCGUUCUUCUUCAUUUCAUCUCUCCUUCACCUCAUCAAAGGCGGCAAAUCGCAGAAUCAGAUCUUAAAUUUCCAUUGAAAAAUACACAAAACAAUGAUAAGGGCUUUACGAAAGUUCGGUGGUUCUGCUUCUGUCUACUCGCCACAUUCCCCAUCUGCUAAUCCGAUCCCCAAACCAAACCCUAGUUUAUCACCCACUCACUCAUCUUCUUCUUCUGUUCUAUUAAACAGAGUUCGCCACUCCAGAGUCUACCGAACCGAACAGUAUGUUCACCCAAAUUACUUUUAUUGCGACAUGGAGGAUUUUAAAGAGAUGCUAAUUGGGUACAAGAGUGGUAACAGGAAAAUGUAUCCAUAUAUAUUCGAAGCUUUGACAGCUAGGUUUUCUGAACAUGCGCAAGAAGACAAGAAGCUUAUGAACGAGCUUGGAGUUCUAUCAAGAGGUGGUGAUAAGAAGGAAGUUCAUCGCGAGAAUUGCGCCCGUCGUGAUGAGGGAGAAGGGAAACAAGUGGAGUCAACCACGGGGUUUAUGGAAAAGGAGCGUGUCUUGGACUAUCCUCCUAAUCCGUAUGGGAUCAGUGGGUACGAUUUCUUCUCAUUCGGCAGGACAGGCGGUGAAAGAACUGAUGCAUUGGGCAAACCAGGUCAUUAUCUGUGGUAAUAAUAUGAUUAAAGAGGACUAACAUGAAGCAGAAUUUCAUCAUAGCAUGUGUGUUUACGAUCUUUAACUAAUGUUUGUCUUUUUGCAUGUAAGAUAAUGGGAUGUUCCUAUGAGUUCUUAAUGUGACACUGGUUAUAUGUUGGUACUUAUGUUCGUAUUUAGAAGGGUAUGUUUAUUUGCAUGAAUAUCCUGGUCUAUUUGCUA